GGGUGUGUUGGGUGGUAUGGCAUGGGCCCACCCGAGGGGAAGGGGCAUGUUGGCAGCACAAGGCCAGGCAGGCCACUGUCUGGCAACUGUUGGUUUGUAAAUAGUACCCUUGCAUUGGGCGGAGCAGGGUCUGCCAUGCCAGGCCCCAUUGCCCCUGGCUGGCCCCUCGCUCUGGGGACUGACCAAAGGCCCAUCUAGCCCAGUACCCUGUCUGCCGACUGUGGCCGGUGCCAGAGGCUUCAGAGGGAAGGAACAGAACCGGGAAUCACCAAGUGAUCCAUCCCCUGUCGCUCAUUGCCAGCUCUGGCAGACAGAGGCUAGGGACACCAUACAUUGGUCCCGCUCGCUUGUAAAACUGUUUGCCUCCAGAACUCCUACUGGGAGGCUGGUCCAGAACCUCAGCUUCUGAUGGUCCGUAACUUUCUAAAUUCCAGCUGGAAUUUGUUCCUGGCUGGUUUCUAGCUGUUCAGUCUUGUACCAGCCUUGUUCUUUAGCUUCAAUAGCUCUUCACCCUCUCUGGGGUUCAUCCCCAAUGUGUUUCCAGAGUGCACUCAUAGGCUCGCUCAGCUUGCUUUUUGCUAGACUAACCAAGCCAGGCUCUUCUCAUGAAAUCAGCCCUCCAGUCUCCUGAGCACCUAGUCACUCUUCUCUGGCUCUGCCCCUGCUCCAGUGUAAAUUAAUCCUUCUUGACCACGGGUGCCCAGCCUGCACACAGGAUUCCACCUGUGGGCUCACCAGGCCUUGGACAAUGGCAUUACUAUUCUUCUCUAGCGCCUGGAGCUGCUUCACCGGGGACAUCCUAGGCUCGCAUUUGCCUUUGUCACGGCCACAUUAUGUUGGUGACUCAUAGUCAUCCUGGCAGCUUGACCCUUCAGUCUGGUGGGCAGAAGGGGCAGCCCGGCGCUCGUCCCACUCGACCCCCGCACAUUCUCUGGGUGGGCCAGACGGCCUGCCCCCCCUGUCUUCGGGGGCAGAUCACCAAGGGACCCCAGUGUUCCUGUGUCUCCGAUGCACUGGCCUCCGCUGCUCCCCACCAGUCACGGCGUGCCCCAGCCCCUAGCGGCCCCCGGCACUGAUGGGCCCUGCUGUUGUCCCCAGGGCCUUGUGGGGCGAUGGCCCUGUCUGCCCUGGGGCCGGGAGCUGCCUGCAGGCUGCGCUGGAAGUUCCUAGCUGCCCAGUGCCAUAGGCUGACUCGCUGCUGUGGCCAGGCUGACACAGAGCCAAGAGCUGCCUGGGGGCACAGGUGCUGUGGCGGGGGGCGGCGCACCCCCUGGCUUGACAUGGUUUCCAUCACACAUGGGGUUUGCAGUUCGGGUUAAUGGCUCCCGGCACCCUCUGUGCCCCUGGGGACGCGGCUCCGGCGAGGGGGCCCUUCCAGCCUGGCUGCUUUGCACACGCUGCCCUGCCAGGGGCCCGCUGGCCACAGGCUGCCUGGGGAAGUCCUGGCCCAGGCGAGCCCCAGCGGUGGAUGCCGAGGGAGGAGGAGUUUUGCUGCUGGGGGCUGCCCAGCCCCUUUCCUGGGCGGGUGUUGAGGCUGAGGAGUUUAUAGCAGCUCUGCCUCGCCUCCCUCCCAGCUGCUUGCCAAAGGCCCAGCUGCACCAUGCCACCUUGCCGCCUGCUCUGCCUGCUGCUCGGGGGCUGUCUGCUCACGCACUGGGCGUCUGGCAGCGACGUGAACUGCACCCCAGAGCAGUAUCCGCAUGAUGGCAGGUGCUGCCGCCGCUGUGGGCCAGGAGACAAGCUGCUGUCUGACUGCACGGCCUCGAAGAACACUGACUGCGGGGCGUGCGAGGCGGGACACUUCCAGUCCGGCUGGACCAAGGAGAGACACUGCACCCCCCACAGAUCCUGCGAUUUGAACGCUGGACUUCUCACGAGGAGCCCCGGGGACGCCAAGCGCGAUGCCGUGUGUGAGUGCCUGCAGGGCAUGUUCUGCUCUAGCCCCGCCUGCCAGACCUGCUUGAACGUCACAAAGUGCAAGCCGGGCGAAGGAGUCGCUCGGAAAGCCGACAACUUUUCAGACACAGCCUGCGUGCCGUGUGAACAUGGCAGCUUCUCCAACACCUCCUCCGCCUCCGAGCCGUGCCGCCCCUGGACGAGGUGUGAGACGCGGGGGCUGGUGCUGAAGACGACUGGGACAAACCUCUUGGAUGUGGCUUGUGAGCCUGGCCGUGGCCGUUCCCCAGUGCUGAUCUCCAUUAUGGCCUUUACUGCAGCCUGUCUCUUGGGGCUCACUGUCUUCUGCCUGUAUCAGAAAGGGCCUGGAGCUGCCGGAUCCCGUGGAGCUUGUGUUGCAGGCACCGCCCCAGCAGCCAGCCACGGCGGGGUGCGAGGAGCACGACGAGCGCCAGGACUUCCCGGUGCAGGAGACCCUGCUGGGGCGCCAGCCCGUGGCGCAGGAGGACGGCAAGGAGAGCCGCAUCUCGGAGCAGGAGAGGCUGUAAGGCCCUGUCGUGGGGAGCAUCUGCCUCCCCCAGCACACACAGCCAGGGCUGGCCUCCUCCGCCCAGCACACAGCAGGGCCCAGCCCAGGGGGCUGUGCCACGGGGCAACCCGCAGCCCUCCGCCCCUCCCUGCCUCGGCCCCGCAGGGUCAUUGGCAGGGGCAGAGAGACGGUGCCCAGCACAGCCGGGAGCAGAGCAUUCAUGGGCGCGUACAGAGAGUGGGGUGGAGCGGCAGCUCUCACCCUUUCCCGACGACUCCUGUACCCUUCAGGGGGCUGAUCUGUCUUGCGUACCCCGAGUUUCACCUCACAGAAAAGCGACUUGCUUGCAAAGUCAGACAUAGAAAUCCCAGAGGGUCCCAGCGCACUAGUACUGAACAAUGGCUGACUUUCUCAUUGUACCAUAUCGUUCUAAAAUAAAGCGACUGGAAUAUGA